CAGAAUUGACUGAUUAUUGAGAUGUGGAUUCGUAUUGGUAAAAAAGUACUGAACAGAAAACUCGAAGUGUACUGAAAUUCGGAUGACUCAUAAAUUCUGGAAAUUAUAUAUUGUGGAACUUUAAGGUUUAAACACUACCAAUUGUGUUGUAAGUUUCUGAGACUAGCUUUUAUUUGGACAAGAUAAACAGUUCUGAUGUGAAGACUGAAGUAUCAAUGGUGGCUGACUCUAUGCUGAAGUUCCAGCCAAACUUCCGCACAGCCAUGUCAGGUGGAAGUGCAGACAUGACAACUGGGAACGCAUCAACAAAUGGAAGUGACCCACUCACAAACAUCUCCACAACCCCAGGAAGUAUAACCUUUCCUCCAGAACCAUCUGUUAUACAGGAACCUGUUUGUCAGUGGAUCCUGUAUGAGGACAUUGCUGAAUCCAGGGUAAGAAUAUGGGAUCUAAUCAUACUGGUACCGAAUUCAUUGUUCGUGAUGUUUUUACUGUGGAACCUGAAGUUGGCCAUCAAUAAGCUGAAGCAGACGAGCAGUCCUAUCUUUAUGGCUUUCUAUCUGCUGGUGUGUAUGGUGGCUGUAAUCAGUGUGUUGAGAUGCAUCGUGGGUAUGACAGUCAAUGCCUCUGUGUUGGCAGGGGACAUAACUGACAAGGUGUUGUGGCUUGUUUUGAGAUUUUUCCUUCUGGCAACAGAAUUGUCUGUGGUUGUUUUUGGUCUUGCAUUUGGUCACUUGGACAGUAAAACAAGUAUAAGAAGAGUAUUGUUGGUCACUACAGUAUCAGCAUUUAUCUAUUCCUGUAUACAGGGAUCUUUAGAGUUUACGUAUCCUGAUCCAAAGUUUCAUGUUGAGAAAGGUGCUGUUACGAAGAAUUACGAUAUCUUUGCACAUGGUGGGAUGAUCUUUUGGAUCACAAGUUCUGCAUUCUUCUUUGUUGUAUAUAGUGUAAUAUUUAUCUUACCAUGGACAAAUUUAAAAGCCAAGUUGAACUUGCCAUCAAAGAAGUCAUUUUACUAUUAUGCAUUAUUUCUGGCAUUCUUGAACUGUGCACAGACAGUUGGUAGUUCACUUUUGUAUUCUGGUGUUCUGCAUGGAAUGUGUGUUGUAGAUACCACCACGUACAUAUAUUUUACCUGCUUUCACCCACUGGUGUAUGGAACAUUUUUAAGAGACUUUUUCAAAAUGUCUUCUCAGAAUAUACCAUUCUCUUAUAAGUAUCAGAUAGAUGAAGGUCAAGAUGAAGACACGGUUAGUUUACCGUACCAGGCUGCCGAGGAUAAAUAUACACCAGACAAUAUCAGUGAUAGUGGGAGUUUUGACAGUACACAUUUUGAUAGACAUGGAGCAGGAUUUGCCUCUGGCAGUGUCAAUGCUGAUGUUUAUGUUCAUACUGGUUCAUACCAGAAUAUGUGAAAAUGUGAAAAUAAAGAAGUCAGAAUAUGUGAAAAUGUGAUAAUUAGGAAGUCAGAAUCUUUGAAGGCUGGCAAAGAAAAACUGUGAAAGAAUGAUGUCUAAGCAAAAGUGAGAUAAGAAUUUACAAAUAAAAACAGUCAUGUGACAUAUACAGGCUUGUAUAAAGUCAAACUCUUCACAACAGUCCCCUCCCCUAGCAGUAUACGAGGGGCGUUCAAUAUGUAAUGUUACUCCGUGUGUAGUUCCGUAACCGCUGGCUAUUUUCAGAUGCGGUUUUCGGCACAUUAUACAGCAAUUUAUUGGGAACACAAUGCUAUAUAAAUUAUAAAAAUCAGCAGGUUCAAAGUAAAAAUAUAAACAUUUUAGUGAGGUGUACUUAGGUAUACUGGACCAUAAUUAGAAUUUAGGUUUGUCCUGGGCAUCCAGAGUCUCAGAAAAAUAGAAAAACUUGUAAAAUCACAAAAUUCUGUCAUUUGUCUACGAAGUACAGCAAUUUUUGACGAGUUUGCGUUUGUUUUAAACUAUUUAUUGCAUUUUUAAUUUUACAACAACUAACAAAUCUAAACUCGAGGUUGAUUCCAUCUGGAAUGGGUUUUGAGAGCGAUUAAACAAAAUUGUAAGAACUAGUUUCGCACUCGAGAAUUAAGAUACUAGUAUCAACUUAAAAUAAAAGAAUUUUUUAAACGAUGAUUAUCGCGCCUGACAAAAUUGCAGAGGCUUAUUGUACUCACCUUACCAUUUUUCGAGUAAAAAUAUACACACUCAAUUUAAAACUAUUAUAAACUUUUUUAUUUUAGUUUUCACAUGUUCUUGUGAAGAUCAUGAUUUGUUUUAUCUGUUUAAACUGAAAAUUGAACUAUAGUUCUAGUUGUUGAAUAGUAGAAUCAAGGAACUGUGUAUUACAAUCUCAAUAUUUUGGACAUAAAAUUGUCCAGUAUACCCGAGUAGACCUCACUCGAAUGAUUAUAUUUCUACUUCGAAACUACAAAUGUUUAUAAUUUAAAUGGCAUUGUGUUGCCAAAAGAUUGCUCUAUAAUGUGCCGAAAACCGCAUCUAAAAAUAGCCAGCGGUUACGGAACUACAUAUGGAGUAACAUUACAUAUUGAACGCCCCUCGUAUUAUUACUGUAUCACAAAUAUCAUGUGACUGUGAAAAUCACAGGACUGUUUCAACGAAAUUCAAAUACUAAAUUUUCGUAUUACAAUCAUUUCUUCAUUAACCUUCUGUAGAAAAUACUCAGUAUCAGUAAAUCUUCAAAUUCUUUUAAAAAGUUUGUAAUUGCAGACAUCUCUUUGCUGUAACUUUAGGGGAUGUUGUUGUGUAGGAGAUUGAUAUAAGAUCUUGUGAAAAUCUGAACAUCGUAAAGUCUGCUUAUGUGAGCUAUUUAAAUUCUAAAUGAGAUUAUGUAUUUUACCCUGUGUUUAACUGCAGAAAACUUCAUCAUGUGGCUUUAUUGGUUAGGAUUAUUCUGAUUUGUAUACCAUAAAUGAAAUUUGUUUUUUGAUAUGACUCAUUUUGUCAUGUUUGUUAAUAAGUUGGGUAUGAAAUCCGUCAUUUCAUGAAAUGUCAUAUUUUACUUUCUCUUUAGUUAAAAGGUCGGAUGAGAGAGGCCCGUGGCUGACUUCAAAUUACUUGCCUCUCACUGUUAUGGGUUUGAAACUUAAUUUAGGGUAUAAAAUGCCUUUAUAUGAGGAAAUUUUCCAUACAUACAGAAGGUCAAUGGUUCUACCAGGCCAUGCCUAAAAUAAUGCCUGGAAGAGCACCUGCGCUAUUCCUCCACCAAGAAAAGCAGUGACAAAUAAGUUAAAAUUGUGUUGAUGUGACUUAAAACUCUACAAAACAAAUUUAAUUCUAGUCAUAUUACUUUUGAAAAUAUUAUUUAAGGCUAGAUAGAUGUAGUGGUUAGUUUCUAAGGCAGCUUCAUGAAAUCUUAUAUAGGAGAGAAAAUUUGUUUUUCCAACAUUAUUUUGUAAUUGUUAUAAAAAUGCGUAUUGAGAUCAGUCUCGAACUGCAGACUUGCCAUAACUCAGAAUCAACUAACUGUGCCGGCAUUUCAGUCUGGUUUUUAUCUUAGUUUUAUAAUCUUUGACACUAGUCUUACUUUAGAUGUGUUUUAAAGUAGUAAAUUUUAGUUAGUCUGUUAUCUACCUUUUUUUGAACAAAAUCUCAAAUGUCUUGUAUAAGGUAUUCUUUAAAUGUGGUAGGGACUAGGAAAGUAAUAAUUGUAUUUUGCCUUAAUUUGCUAUGCUAAUGUCUGUGAUAUUUGAUAAUCAAAAUAUAUUGCUUAUUUCAUUUGUUACCUAAUUUUACUGUGACUGUGUGUUUAUUGUGAAAUCUGUCAGACUUCUGAGUUCUAAGAUGUCAACAAAGAUUUCAUGAUGCUAAAUUAUAAUUGCAUUUAUUAUAUCAUUGUUGAGUUGAAGUGUAGCAGACAGGACAGUCUGGAGUUUUAACCAAUGCUGGUAAAACUGGUCUUGCACCUAGAGGUGUAAAAUGACUUGUUCUUUAAAAUCAAUUUCUCAGCAUUUUGUCAUAUUUUUCUAACAAUGAAAAAUUUAUGUACAGAAAUUACUUCUUGUAUUAUAUGCUUGGUAGCUACGAAGUGAUAUUCAAAAAUUUUACUGAAAUAUUAGUUAAAUCAAUAAUCAAAAUAGAAAUGUAUUUCUGUUCUUGCCUUUUGUUAGGCCAAUUACUUUCUACAGAAUCUUUGAAAAAGUAGAAUAUUCAUGCUUUGUAUGUACCAAGUAUGUUUAUCUGUUUAUUUGUCGAAGACUUUAUCUACAAAAGAAAUUCAGUUCAGUUCAUCCUGUUUAAUAUAGCGAGGGUUGAACGCAAUACUGUAGUAACUCCUAUCAAAUAAAGAAGGACUUAUGACAGUAUUGCGUUCAACCCUCGAUUAGGACAUUUGUAGAAAACAAACAUUUCUUUACAUCACAUAGUGAUAAUUUUUUUAAUAAUGGGAGAUUAUUUGCUUUGUCAUGAAAAUUGAGAUGAAAUUUAGAUGUACACAAAAUCAGUUGUGUAGAACACAGGGUAUCUAGAUUGUAUGGAGAAAAAGUGAGCAUUGUCCAUGAAUAUUUUCAUCCUUACUUUCUGUUAUGUUGUAUAGUUGAUUUUUUUCCUGUCAAGGAUUCUGUUGACACUUGAUAGAGAUGUAGAUGUCGUUAUUAUUAGUAUAAACCUAUUUCAGAUUGGUAAUACAGUAAGUUUUACCAUAAACAGUUAAUUUUAGGUAUCAAGAUUUUGUGGCCAUGUUUUCCAGACAUACAUCAUAAUAUCAAAAAUCAUAUAUAGAUAUUUAAUAUUGUUGCAAAUUGGUUUGAGUAUUGUGUAAAGUACAGUUAAUUUCCUCCUAUUUUACAUCAAAUCACUGUUUGACUAAUGCAGGAAGGAGUGUUUAUGUGCAAUGUAGAUAUUUCAUGUAAAUACUACGUACAUCUCUCUGAAUAUCAUUUUUAACUGUGUUUAAAUUGACUUGUGGUAAAUAACAAUAGAGCUUUCAAAACUUCCCCUUAAAAUGAAUCUAUGUGCGGGGGUCCUUAAGAAGAAGUUUAUUGUUUUUGUUUUAAUUUUAAAUUACAAUGAAUGUUGCGGUGGUACUUAAGAUGAACGACUUAAUUGCAAAAUAGUGUACAUAGCAGCAAAGUCAAGUAUGAAACAGAAUUUUGAACCUUGGUUAAUAUUACACAUUCUACAGUACAUUGAUUUUUUAAUAAAAAAAAAGCUCACCUAAUUUUUGAAGCGAGUUCUUGAUGAAAUCCUAUGAAAAAAAGUAAACUUUGUUGUUUAACUUUAAAUGCAAGUGCGCCCAUGUGGUUCUGAGACGAUCUGUGUAUGAAAACAAUUUGAACCACUGCCUUACCAUUGCAUGAUCGUAAGAGGUGACUAAUAGGGUCUUAACACUUGGUUUUGCAGUAACUCUGUGAUUCCAGCAGGUAUGCAGAUUUUGAUUCCAUACCUCUUGUUUUCAUUUCGAUUUAAAUGAGAUGUGGAACCAAAAUUUGUAGUCCUGUUUGGCGCCAUACAACCUAUACUGUGUUGGUGCGCCGUAAAACCCAAAUAAAUAAAUUAAUUAAAUGCAAAUGCAACAACUCUGAGAAAGGCAGGUUUCCGGUUCUGUUGAUUGACCUAGGAAUCUUCAAAAAUCACUUUCGAAAAACAUCAGUAAAUGUCAAAAUAUUGAAUAACUUAAACUGUACUGAAUGAGCUUUAACAAAGAUUUAAUAAACAUGGUGAAUUGAUUUAACCAAUCUCUUGAAUUUAGGGAGUGGCUACUGACAUGGAUUACUCCUGAUCAGGAAAUAGGCGCUUGUUAAACCAAAAAGGGGUACGCCAAAUGAAAAAGGGUGUGUACAUAUUUCAAACAAGCUGAAAAAUACAUAAUUUCAUGAUGAACUUGAACUAAAAACAUGAUGUAAAAUUGACUGAUAUAAAUACGUAACCUGUAAGACCUAAGAAGAAUUCUUUUUGAAGUUAGCUAAAUGUGCGAUAAUCAUAGUUAUGCAGGUCUAUCGACUAGCAAUACUCAAAUCUGGCCUUUGUUAGCCUCCCCUUGAUAGCAUUUCUUCCAUUCUCACAAGAAAAAUGAGACUUUCCGCUAUGUUCUGUUAAAGACUCGAUUCUAUGAAAUUAUAAUUUGUUUUGAUAUUAUAACAAGCUCUUUCCAGUAAACUCCUAAUAGACAAAGAAAAAUCAGUUUGAAGGAAUCAGCUUUGGUUGUUAUGUUUUCACUAUAUCAUGCCUGUUUUCAUUUUCAAUUGUAAAUAGUUCAUAACAAACAUAAAAUACAGUUUAUUUCAAUGUGCUUAGCUGUAAAAUAAUUUCGAUUUUAAUCCAUAUCUAAAGUCAAGCUAAUUUUUGUGAUUUGCGGUUCAUUAUAUGUGCAAUAUUUGUGUUUGAUCAUUGAAUAAAUAAUGCAAGCAUA